AUGGAUGUGUCCUACUGCUCUGCUCUCCAGCUCCAGGAUGACUCUUUCCUGUUUGACGGCAAGACCCUGCUGGACAAGUCUUACGAUCCUCUGGCCUAUGAUCCAGCCUCAGAUCCUGGUUACUUCAGUGCUGGCAGCAGCCUGUCUCCCACCUCUUCUGUGGACUCCUUCUGCUUCUCCCCCACCUCCCUCCAGGCUGCUGGAAUUGAACAAAAUGCUUUGGAGUGUUUUGUCUUCAAAAGCCCUUCAGCACCUGGUCUUACCCAUGAGAAUCAGACUCUGCCCUGCUCCAAAUCCUCCACAGCUGCCUCCACCACAAAGAAAUCCAGGUCCAGGUAUCCGGGGAAGAAGCGCCACACAGCCAGUGAGAGAGAGAAGCUGAGGAUGAGGGAUCUGACCAAGGCCCUGCAUCACCUCAGGAAAUACCUGCCGCCCUCAGUGGCACCAGCCGGACAGACCCUGACCAAGAUCGAGACGCUGCGCCUCACCAUCCGCUACAUCUCCUACCUGUCCGCUCAGCUGGGCCUCAGCGAGGAGGUGCUGGAGCAGAGAUCCUCAGGCUUUGUGGAGCAGCCCCCAACCCUUAGCCAGUUCCUGGGUCAGCCAAUGGCCAGCUACAGCCCACAGGAACCAGACUGUCACACAGUGAGCACAGCCCAGCUGUCCUCUCUGCAGCCCUCAUAUCAGGUUCCUAGCGGAGUUUGUUUCACCAGUCAGCAGUACUGGAUGCCACAGCAACAACUUCAAAACGCCACCUUCUCUGGACAGUGCUGA